GAUCAAGUUUAAAUUUAUCUAAUACUAAUAAUAUCUCUAUUCAGCCAAAUAAAGCAAGUCAUUUUGUAGUAUACUUUACAAAAAAUGUUAAUCCGGAGCAAAGAUUUGUUAUACAACAAGAAAGAAGAUGGAAAGACAAUAGAAAAAACAUAGCUUUAACACUUGUGAAAUUACAUACUGAAGAAAUAAAAAAAUCAAAGUCAACACCAAACAAAAGAAAAAAUUUAAGUACAAUUCAAA